AACACAACACAAGUUGUAUUGUAAUAUACGCGUCAACUCAACCAACAAUAACAACAACAACAACACCACCUCCAACAAGCAUACAUAUCAUAUCUUUGAUUCAGCUUCCAAACGCGCCAUUCCCAUUUCUCUCUCUCUGCUUCUUCUUCAGAUACCUAACCUAAUCUCCCAAACAAACAAACCAACUCAACCUUAUCAAUAUCGUUUAAAUAAAUUUUGAUCGCGCACGCGCUUUGAGAUAGAUCAUGCUGCGUUUGUGCUACGGCCCUCUGGAUUGCUGCUUCGGACGCCGUGGUGGCCGCGCCGCCGACGGACUUCUCUGGCACACCGACUUGAAGCCCCACGCCUCCGGCGACUUCUCCAUCGCCGUCGCCCAGGCGAAUUACAGUCUUGAGGAUCAGAGCCAAGUCUUCACCUCCCCCUCCGCCACCUACGUCGGCGUCUACGACGGCCACGGCGGCCCCGAAGCUUCCAGAUUCGUCAACAAGCGUCUCUUCCCUUAUUUGCACAAAUUCGCCACUGAGCAAGGGGGUUUGUCAGUGGAUGUGAUUAAAAAGGCGUUCAGUGCCACAGAGGAGGAAUUCUUGCAUUUGGUGAAGCUAUCCAUGCCCAUUAGUCCCCAGAUUGCUUCCGUCGGAUCCUGUUGCCUUUUUGGUGCAAUUUCUAAUAAUGUGUUGUAUGUUGCAAACCUUGGAGACUCGAGAGCUGUUCUUGGCAGGAGGGAUACAGAGAGAAAGAACAGUCCGGUGGUGGCACAGCGUUUGUCAACUGAUCAUAAUGUAGCUGAUGAGGAGGUGAGAAAAGAAGUUGAAGCUCUCCAUCCCGAUGACUCACACAUUGUGGUUUAUAGCCGUGGAGUUUGGAGGAUUAAGGGCAUUAUACAGGUGUCAAGAUCUAUUGGUGAUGUGUAUUUGAAGAAACCAGAUUUCUACCGUGACCUGGGUUUUCAGCAGUUUGGAAAUCCUAUUCCUUUGAAGCGUUCUGUAAUGACAGCUGAACCAUCAAUCAUUAUUAGGGAGCUUGAGUCAGAGGAUUUAUUCUUGAUAUUUGCAUCAGAUGGCCUCUGGGAACAAUUAAGUGAUGAGGCUGCGGUUCAGAUCGUUUUCAAACAUCCAAGAGCUGGAAUUGCCAAGAGACUGGUGAGAGCUGCUCUUCAUGAAGCUGCAAAGAAGAGAGAGAUGAGAUACGAUGACAUAAAGAAAAUUGACAAAGGAAUAAGACGACACUUCCAUGAUGAUAUCACUGUGGUUGUAAUCUAUCUUGAUCACCAUGCAGGCUCCUCUAAGCAAACUGCUGUUGGCUAUACAACUGCCCCAGUUGAUAUUUUUUCCCUAAAUGCGGAUGGGAUGCUUGGUACAGUUGCCUAAGAGUGAAAUUGCUUCAAAGGAUCAUACACUGACAUUAUUUGGGGCAAAAAUUAUUUAUAGGUGAAGAUUAAUAUUGUUGGUAAAUGAAGGGAAUUCUUGAGAAAAAUAUACAAAAAAUUACUGCAUAGAUAUAGUAGCUGGGAGUUGCUGACAGAUUCUUUCUGGUGCAGAUAUGCAUUUGUAUAGUUGUGAAGUUUGUUUUUUGGGUUUGAUGGUAUCAAUUUUGUUUUUCUUUGGAAAGAAAGAAAAUAAAAUUAUAUUGAUUGGUUAGUCAAGUUAUUUCUCACUUGGUAAUAUUCGUCCUGAAUAAUGGAGUAUGAGGUACGCGUUGGUGACGUUUCACCAACUAACAGGAAUUGCAGGACUGGUGAGUGGAUAGUUUUCAUAAGCGCAUUCUUAUUGCCAUGGUACGUGUGUUGAUUACAACCAUGAAAUGAAAAUUCUUUCCAAAUGUUGGUUGUGCCCAUUUCCCACCGUAACAGGCGGAAAAUUUGUGAUAGAAGCUUGCAUUUUAGUCAUCAGACGUGUUGAUUUUUUUUAGAUGUUUGACAUUUUCUGUGUUUUGAAAUGAAUGUUCACACGUAUAAGCAA